AAGAAUCGCUGGGCUCAUAUAAAAAAGUAAAGAAAACUAGAAGAGACCCACACGGCCACACCAUUCCCCACUCUCUCUCUGUCUUAUCUCUUUCGUCUAGAGAAGCUCGGCCACUGUUUUCCCCAAUCCACAACACUGCUCCAGCCGAGCGAAAUCCAGGUACACUGCUCUGGCGAUGCCCUCCCUCUAUAUCCCUGCCUCUCUGCGUGCUGCUUCUUAUCCAUCCCCGUGCGGCCGUGCCCCAUGGCUUCUACCGGCAGCUGCAAGGGAUGGCCGGAGAGCGCACAGCUGCGGGAGCCGACCAAAUACGCCGCUGCUGCACCGCCACAUGUCUCUGGCUGCUAGUAGCAGGGAGACGACGAACUACACAAGCAGCAGAGCAACGACGAGAUCGACGAGCCUGAUGACAACGGCAAGCUGGAGUCUCCCCCGACGAGCUCGACGAGGAAUGGACAACGGCGAUGUCUCGGAGCAGCACGGUCGACCUCGGCGCCCUCCUGCCCGGCGUAGCCCCACUAGCAAAACCCAAGAUGCUGUCCAACCAAGUUUGUGUAUCCACAUUGCUUCUGAUGGCAUUGAAAGCUUCUACAAAGGCUUCCUCUUCCUCAUACUUGUACAUGCAAGCACUGAAAUCAGCAAGUACAUUUGGUACCUCCUCGUCUUUUUUCUUAUGAGGUACAAUUCCUGAAUCAUCUGCUGUUUCAAUUUCAAAUGCUUGCAAGGCCGAAAUCUUCCGUUGUGACGGCAUCAAGUGGCUUGUCCCAGGUAAUUGCAAGACAUGGUUGUGUUCAACAACUAACUCAUGCACCUCAUAAUUUUCUGCUUCUCGGUCUAUAGUGAUUCCCAUUCGAACAUUGCAGCCAGUCCUUGUUUCUGCACGAGGACGCUUUGUAUUAUUAUCCCUUUUGUCUUUUCUUCUAUAGCCUUCAUUAGAACAAACAUAUCUUGCAGAAGUGAUUACUCCAUCAAGUUUGCUCUUGUUUUCAUAAUUUACCCUUACAUCAAAACCAGUAUGACCUCCAUAACAUGUCCAAAAGUUCCAAGCCUCUUUUGUGGAAUUAAACUUCAUACCAAUCUGAGGCAUCCAAGUAGGAACUACAUUUGUCCUGCGCAAAUUAAGCAUAACCUAUUUGUUUCUCUGCUUACACUACAAUCAUAAGAUGACAUGGCCUAAUAAGAAUUGAAUAAAAUUAUUGGUACCUGUUAGAACCUUCGUUGGUGGAGUUAAUCAUAUUCUCCAUUACACUUUGUGUUUUUUCUUUUAUAAUCUAUGAUAGCAAACUCAGUCCAUGAGAUCUUUGUUGCUGCCAACAUGAAUACAAUUGAAACAUAUGUCAUAUACUUUGAGAUUGACGUCUUUAUUUUUGUUGCUACCAUGUACUCCCUCCGUUCCAAAUUACUCCCGCGACAAGUAAAUCGGAACGGAGGGAGUACAUCACAGGCACCUGUAUAUCAUCUACAACUCAAUAUAUCUUGUUCUUGUCCUAGCUACAAGGAGGACGAUCAGGACAAAAGUAAGAUAGAAGGGAAAUCAUCUACAACAGGCACACACCAACGUACCUUGGUCUUGUUCUCGCUAGAGAGGACGAGUGGGAGGAACAAGGGAGACGAGCAGGAGGAGGCGCCGAGGAAAUUGUCAACACGUUCUGAUUGGCCACAACGUUAGUUCAGCAGAAGCGAGAUCUCUACAACACGUUCAGAUCAGCAUACCUUGGUCUCAUUUUUUCUCCGAGGAGGACCAUCAGGAGGAAGAGGACGAGUGGGAGGAUUUUGGCGCCAAGAAACUAUCAGCUCGCUCUGUUUGGCGCCAGCGUUUAUGUGUUUGGCGGCAAUUGUACAACCGUGGGAGAUUUUCCUCCAGACUAAUAGGGAUUUUUGUUCUAAUUAUUCAUAGAAUUAAGAGGGGAGAAAGGAGAGCCAUCUGAUUAAAAUA